CCCGCCGCAGGAACUGCAUUUUCAAGAGAGGGAAAGCCAAAAGUCUGGCCAAGAUGACUCCAUUCCUCCGGUUUGGGCACCCAAAAGCGCUAGUUCCAGUCCAACAGUCGAAAGGAAAGAGUUCAAAUCGGUGAACUUCCAGUCUCCGGUGCUGGGAAGGAAAACUAGAACGAAAUCUGAGAAUCUCGGUUCCGAAGAUCCAUCUUCAGCGCCUCGCUGGAGGACAUCCGACUACGGUAGUGACACAGGACUGACCCCGUCGAGUUCAGAGAGAAGGAUUCCAACUAGCUUUUCGUCUCCUGCUUCUGGAUUCACGGAACUCUCCAUAUCCCCUCGUCUUCCAAAAGCCCAGAACCCCACGAUAACGUUGCUCCAGAAAGCUAGAGUAUAUCAAAUAAAAAACGAAUACACGAGCGAAUCUGAAAACGAAAACCCCCGGAAAAUGGCCGAUUUAAGCCCCAGGAAAUACGAAGGAAUCGGUCCUGUCAGCAAAGAUGGAAUGCCUCUGAUUCUCAGAUCUGAAAUCAAAGACCAGAAUCAAUCCAAAUGGUACAAACGGAUGUACGACACUAUACAUAAGCAGAAACCACAUAGCGAUCCAUCUUCAGCGCCUCGCUGGAGGACAUCAGACUACGGUAGUGACACAGGACUGACCCCGUCGAGUUCAGAGAGAAGGAUUCCAACUAGCUUUUCGUCUCCUGCUUCUGGAUUCACGGAACUCUCCAUAUCCCCUCGUCUUCCAAAAGCCCAGAACCCCACGAUAACGUUGCUCCAGAAAGCUAGAGGCCACUUGUAG